AUGACUGCCUGGUCCGGCCUCGUCUUCCAGCAGAACCUCCUGAAGGUUCUCCACAACCUGAGGAAGCUGAUUCGGCAGUACAAUGCGAGGACGGGUCCCGAUGCAGUGCCGAACUACAGCUUCCUGACUGGCCGCGCAGCGGCCGUCGGUGGCCUGUCGCCUCUGCCAGGUAUGGGAAGGCUGGCGCUGGGAACUCUGCACCUUCCUACGCUGCGCUGUGCUGGGAGCCUGCCUCAGGCGUCUCACCUGUGGCCGAUCCCCUUUGUCCCCUUUGCAGCCCUCCCCAUAUGUUGUGCUGUGGCAGCCACAGCAACUUGCGCUGAAUGCGAGCCAGGGACAGCAUCCUCUCCUCGGUCCCUGAGUGAUAGUGACACAUCUGCCAUGGAAGGCGCCAUAUGGACCAUUCCCAUCAUGCAGGCACUGGCGGAUCUCCGUCUGGCGUAUGAGUUACUUGUCGAGGACCCCCUUUGGGCGCUUGCCAUGAAUGGGGUGGGGGCAGAGCACCAAGAUGCAGUCGUUGGCCAGUACAUGGACUUGGAUGAGGCAAUUUACGAAUUUGCUACCAUGAAUGAUGACAGAAGCGACAUGUAUGGGGGCGAUGACCAAACUGUCCAGGAGAUUGUUGCCUUGGAGGACCCCUUUGCUGUGCUGUUGGAAUUUGCUGGUCUUGGACUGGAGGGUGAUGUUUAG